AUGUUGUGCCAAAUGAUCACAGAGCCUCUGGAGCAUGAAUUCUCGCCGUCCGGUGCAAUCAGCGCUAUGUUCAAAAAAUGCAAUAAAAUGGGAUUGAUGGAGCCGAUUUGCGAGCAAUUCGUCUCGGAGAACGUGAAAACGAUUUUCGCGCGAUUCAAGGCCGGUAUUCCAGCGGACACGAUCUGUCAGACAAUGCGAUUCUGCGAACCAGUUUGA